AUGUGUUCUUCAUGCGGUGUCGACGACAUGUCCUCCGCCUCCGCCUCCGCCUCAUCGUCAGCCUCAUCGUCAACCUCAUCGUCCCAAGGCCGACCAGCCUCAAGCACAAACAGUUCCAAUUCCUAUAGCAGUUCCAAAAGCAAAUGGGACACCGAAUACCUGGCAAUCCCCAGAGAGAAAGGACUUCCUCUACGAUUCAUCGCAUAUGCCGCAGGAGCCUCGCUCCCAACUACAGUGAAGAAGAUGACGAGAAAGGAGAAGAGGCGCGGACAGAGUGCCUCCAUAUGGGACUUCUUUGGCCGUAACACGCAAUUGUUCUGGAUUGUCCAGCCUGAGGAUCGUCGGGAACGCGGUCGAAGCAGGACUCCUCGUGGGAGAGAUGGACAGAAGAACACCUCAGCAGCAUCGUCACCCGAUAUCAACUUCUUUCAUGAAGCAUAUCGAGAUUCGGCCAGUCAUGUUCCCCAGUCAACAGCUUCAUGCGCCGGGUGUGGCCCGGGGGUUGCUCCAGCACAUGGUUAUUCAAGGGCUUCUGGCUUCUCGUUUGGCGUCUCUCCAGGAGACAAAUUGCCUGGUUGGGGUCCUUUCCCACCUUUUGGGAGGAAUUAG